AUGCCCAUGCGCUCGCACAUCCUCUGGUCCGAGGCCCUGCUCCGCGACUCCCUCCCGCCAAGCACAGCCGACCCCAACACGGCCCGCAGCACGCGCACGGCCCCCGAUGUUCCGCGGAACAUGUCCGAGUCGUACUGCGAGCUGCUCCUCCCGUUCGCCUCUUCCCCGGAGCUCCUCGAGCGCUACACUAACGCCUCGGGCGGAAUUCGCACUGGUAUGCUCAUGGAACACCUGGACUCGCUGGCUGGAGGCAUCGCAUACAAGCAUAUGCUCGGUCCGGGCGUGGACACCCUCGGGAAGGACGUGGGGUUCUACAUCGUGACCGCAUCUGUAGAUAGGCUCGAUAUGCUGGCGGCACUGUACCCAGUCCGCGAUAUGCGCCUGAGUGGCCAGGUCAUCCAUACGGGAAAGAGCUCGAUGGAGAUUGUCGUCCGGAUGGAGGCGCUAGAGAAAGAUGGGCGGGAAGAGACCAUCAUGCUCGGUCGUUUCGUCAUGGUCUGCAGAGACGCACACACACACAAGGCUGUCCCCGUCAACCCGUUGAAGAUCGACAGUCUCGAGGAUGAGAAGCUCUUUGACAUCGGCGAUGCGCACCGAAAGCGGCGCAUGUCCGCCGCCAACGCUGCGCUCACGCGCGUCCCACCAACGUCGGGCGAGGCGGAAUCGCUGCACUCGCUGUUCCUAAAGUACGGCCAGCACGAGAACGGCGAUUUUGUUGGGCCCGAUGGCGAGCAGCGGGUCUGGAUGGGCGACACGCGUCUUGAGAAGUGCAUGAUGAUGUUCCCACAAGAGCGCAAUGUGCAUCAGAAAAUCUUUGGUGGGUAUCUGAUGCGACUGGCGUAUGAGCUGGGGUUCGCGAACUCUGUGCUCUUCACCGGGUGUCACGUUCUCUUUGUCUCGCUCGACGGGAUUUCGUUCGCGAAGCCUGUGCCGAUCGGGUCCAUCCUGCGCCUCACCUCGCACAUCCUGCACACCUCCUCGUCCGAGCAGUUUCCCGGGCUCAUCCACGUCGGCGUGCAGGCGAACGUUGUCGAUGUCUCCACGGGGAAGGAGCAGACGACGAACGACUUCCGGUUCACGUGGUGCACUGAUCGCAGCAUUCCCCUCACACGAAAGGUUGUCCCGAAGACAUACAAAGAGGCGAUGCUGUGGCUGGAGGGACGCCGUGCGCUCGACAUGGGCGCGGAAAUCCGGGGGCUGCGGAAGCAUCACUAG